UGUCCAAUUACUGUACAAUGACUGAUACCAACGAAUCGGACAAUGAAAAUGUUUUAGUAUUUAAGCCUAAAGUGAUAAUCCUGUGCUUUGAAGGUGUCGUUGUGGACAACAAAGUUGAUCAGCGAUACAUUGAGCCCUAUAUCAGAGACAAUAUGUUAAACUAUUUGACUGAACAUAAAAAUGAUAACCAAAUCAAUCAAAUAAUUGCAAAUUUGCGUCAAAGAUCUAAUUACGAUAGGGCUGACUAUGGAUACUCUGAGUGUCCCGUUGUUGUCGAUGAACUACCGGAACACACAACCGAACAGAUACUCGAAUCGGUUGUCACUUAUAUCGAUUGGCAGACAAACAAUCAUCGAGUUUCUAACGAUGCUCUAAGACUACAGAAAUUAGUUUGUUUGGAUGGACUCGAAAAAAAUCGGAUCAAACUCAAGGUAUACUCGGAUGUAGUGCCGGCUCUCAAACGAUUCCGAGACAAGUUGUCAGACAUUAAAAUAGCGUUGCUUUCAGCGUAUGACGAAACAACUAUCCGACGAUUGUUGCCAUCAAAUGAUGAUAUUUUCCAAUAUAUUGAUCGUAUUUUCGACGAACAGAUCGGAAGUUCGGCCAAAGUCGACACUUUUGAUCGCAUAGUCAAAGCAUUGGAUGUACGACAUCGUGAAGAAGUGUUGUACGUAACAGGCAGUGGACGGAGUGCUGUCUGUGCCCGUAAUCGACAGUCCGAAAGAGUAGAUCUACAAAAUGAGAUCAAAUGUCUUUUGAUGAUCAGAGACACCAGUUUUAAGAUUAGGGAUUACUAUUUGAUUAACUUUACGACAAUCACAUCACUAAUGGAUAUUGAUUUUCAACAACAACAACAAAACGGCAAUGCCUUUUGA